GCCAUAGCAACAAACCUUAGAACAUUCAGUUCCUAGCAGCAGCAGCAGCAGCAGUUCACUUGCAGCUCGGCUGGACUUACAGUCAGCGUACAGUAGGAAAUACCUCGCGUUUUAUUUUAGAUUAAACAUUGAUUUUUUUUUUUUUGCUAAUAGGAAGGUUCCUGAGGAGAUUCCGGGAUAUCAUAUAAACGACAUGAGCCGUCUCUGUUCAGUCUGAGGAGUCGUUUUUCGGACGUUAUUUUAGCCUCACGGUUUAGCCAUAACAACGUUAAACGGUUUCAUUUUGGACGUUAAGACGCAAAAUGGGAUCAACAAAACCAGCUGGUGUGAUAGCGUACAUCUGCUCUUCCGGCUCUGCAUCCAGCCCCAAAUCUUGCUUGAGUGACAGCUCCAGUGUCCACUCACAGUCCUCAUCUCCACCUCCUCCAACAGCACAGAGCCUGAAGAUGGAAAUUCCCUGCGCCAGGCCCCUCAGCAUCCCCAAACCCGCCAACUCUCGUGUGCCUGCGUCGGAGAAGAGCGCAACCAAGAGCAGCAUUACGAAGCUGAACGGCAUGGUGCUACUGUGUAAAGUGUGUGGAGACGUGGCUUCAGGAUUCCAUUACGGCGUUCAUGCCUGUGAAGGUUGCAAGGGCUUUUUUCGGAGGAGCAUUCAGCAGAACAUCCAGUAUAAGAAGUGCAUGAAGUCGGAGAACUGCACCAUCAUGCGCAUAAACCGAAAUCGCUGCCAGCAGUGCCGAUUCAAGAAGUGCCUAGCGGUGGGGAUGUCACGGGACGCUGUCCGGUUUGGACGCAUCCCGAAACGGGAGAAGCAGCGCAUGCUCCUGGAAAUGCAGAACGCCAUGAACAGCGUGAUGACCGGAGCUCAGCUGCACCAGGUGCUCCGAGACUCCAGCUCCUGCUCUCCAUCGUCAUCCUCUUCCUCUCCGUCACCCCCGUCCUCACCGCAGUGCUCUCCGGAUUCAGAGUCCUUAGUGCCCAUGGACACCAUGAGCUUGGGCUCGUCCUGUUCCUCGGACAGCGGCGAGGACGAUUCGGCGCCUCGGCCCGAUGGAUUUCAUCUCGCACAAUCAGGUGGCGCUCUUUCACUGGGCCUCUCGGAAAGACUGAGCAACAGCAACGUGACAAACAUCCACAGCACUCCCUGUGACAGCCGGCAGCAAAUCACCAUCAGGUACCACAGCAGCGUGAAGCCUGAUAACGCCUCAUACUGCCACUACAGCAGAGCCAAUCUGAACGAACUCGCCGGAGUCUCAGCCAACCGAAGGCACCUGGUGUGUCCCAUGAACACUUCACCCAUAGUGGACCCGUCCAAAUCCAGCCAUGAGAUAUGGGAGGAGUUCUCAUUGAGCUUUACUCCUGCUGUGAGAGAGGUGGUGGAGUUUGCCAGGCAGAUUCCCGGCUUCCGCGAGCUCUCGCAGCACGACCAGGUCAGCCUGCUGAAGGCCGGGACUUUUGAGGUCCUGAUGGUGCGCUUCUCCUCGCUGUUCGACGUGAAGCAGAGGACGGUGAGCUUCCUGAGCGGGCGCAGCUACAGUGUGGAGGCCCUGCGCUCCAUGGGCGCUGGAGAACUGCUCUCAUCCAUGUUCGACUUCAGCGAGAAGCUCAUGGCGCUGCAGCUCAGCCCGGAGGAGAUAAGCCUCUUCACCGCGCUCGUCCUCGUCUCCGCCGACCGCACCGGGAUCGAGGACGUGAGCUCGGUCGAGGCUCUGCAGGAGAACCUGAUCAGAGCUUUGAGGAACCUGAUCAUGAAGAACCACUCGAACGAGGCGGCCGUCUUCACCAAGUUGCUGCUGAAGCUCCCGGAGCUUCGUUCCCUCAAUAACAUGCACUCGGAGGAGCUGCUCUCUUUUAAAGUCCACCCUUAAAAAUGAGGGGACGGACGUGCGUCUCUCUCUCUCUCUCUCUCUCUCUCUCUCUUGACCAAACCGGGCUGUACAUUUCUCUCUUGAAUGUAUUUAACACAAAAGAUUUAUUAUUAUUAUUAUUAU